AUGGCUCCCCAACUGCGUAAGCGUCGACAGACGACAACAAGCGGCAUUGGUGCGCAAGCCCAGCCUACUCUCAACCGAUCGGACCUCCCGCAAUUUGCCCCAAGGCACCUCUCCCCCGAUGAAGCCCGUCGCCGGUUUCAGAACGUCCCCAACGGAAACGGUAAACGGCCUCACGAAGAAGACUCGGAAGGAGAGACGACACUUCCGCCCUCGCGACCCACCAAAAGGUCGAAGUCCGUCCCCAAACGAGAGGAUGCUCAAGCCACCGUUGUUCAGCCUCACGAAGAAGACUCAGAAGGAGAGACGACACCUCCGCCCUCGCCACCCACCAGAAAGUCGAAGUCCGUCCCCGAACAGGAGGAUGCUCAAGCCGCCGUUGCUCAGCCGAACACUCAGCCACGUCUUCACUUCUCUAACAUCGGAGAAGUGAACACUCACAACAACGUCGUCCGAUUCACGCCACCCCCCGACGAUUCCCUCCCAAAGUCCGACACCGAUAGGCAGGCCAUAGUAUUGCGCCUGGUUGACGCCAUCAACUAUGUCGAACCCUUCCCGAAAGACGCCAAAGCCCCUCCCAAAGCAUACCAAACGCGCUGGGUUGACCGCAGUUACUACAGCCCGGUGCAGAUCGAGAAGCUCUCUUGGCAGAUUCUUGAUGAGACUGAACGCUUGUACACGCUAGGAUGGACCCAGCCUAUAUACGAUGACGGCCUCAUGGCUAGUAUCACCGAGACGAGGGACAUGAAGUUUGGGGAGCGGAUAGAUGCCAUCGUUUCUCUGCUGAAGGUAGCCAAAAAAGUCUGCGAAAGCGCCUUGAAGGGCGAGAAGUUCUGGAGCAUUAUCGGCAUCCCAAAGAGCUUGAAGACCAGUUGCGAAGUCAACAAAAAGCAGAACGCUCGCAAGCAACUGCGAAUCACCUUGGGGAAACAGGCCGAAGGGGAGGCCAAGGCAGAGGCGGAGGCAGAGGCGCAGGCAGAGGUGCGGGCAGUAUCUCAAACUGAUGAGGCAAAGAACAACCCCGAGGAAGCGGCUGCCCACAAGAGACGCGGGAGCACACGCGCAAAGACGACACGGUCGACACCAGUGCACAUCGAAGACACCAGCACAGCCGCUGCAACGAGUGAGACGAUGCCAGUCACGGCACACUCCAACGUAUCUGCCACCCCAGACGCGACACCGGAGUCGGGGAUUACUUCAAAUUACCAGACCCCGUCGCCCGCCACGGUUGAAGACACCCAGGGUCAUAAUGAAGCGGAUGUAGACGGCCAGGUCGAGCUCCCCCCAAGCGGAGUCAACGACUCCCAGACAAGUUCCGAGCACGACCUGUUUUCAGUCCAAGAUCGUCAUGAGUCCCAAGCACCGGUAGCAGCUCCCAGCAAUGUAGAGCCUACACAGAAUGAUGAUCUGCAGGAUGAGAGCGAGCACCAGCUCGAAGCAGACACUUUUACCUCCACACAGAUCGAGAGCUCCGAGGCCAUGUUUGACGCCGAAGGAUCUGACGAGGACCUGCUCAACGCGACCUUGGUUGAGGAACUGGGCCGGCAACACGAGGACUGA